AUGGCUCACAUUUGUCGUACGGUAUCAAUAUUCACUCGUGUGACCACCCCACGUUACGGUGGCUUAAUUUUAUCUCGUAUGAACGCUAGUUCACAAUCAUCUUCAUCAUCGUCAGCCAAAACACCAUCGACAGGAUCAGUUAAAACUCAAACAGGUAGUGCUUCUAAUACAACAAGUGGAGCAUCUUCAACUUCCUCCACCUCUGACUCAUUGUCAAACAAGCAACAGUAUGCCGGAAAAGCACAAACAGAAACGGCAAGUGGGAAAAAUAAAGGCGGUAGUUCAGCAUCAGAAUUACCACCAAGUUCAACAUCAAAAGAAGAUUCAAAUCCAACAAAAACAAGUAGUGAAGCACAAAAUACAGGAGGAAAUCGACCAAUUACUGCAUCAUCAUCAUCAAGUAAAACAAGCGAUCCAAAACAAUCACCAGAAGGACGUGAAAGUCAAUCAAUAUUUAAUUCAACGGGUGGACGUAUAGCUAUAUUAGCUAUA